AUUCACUCCCAGGUUUCAGAGGCUGCACAAGACUCAUCUUCAGAGGAGGUAUGUUCCAGGCAAGCAAAACUCACCUUGAUGAACUCCAGCUAAAACGUCUGGAGGAGAUGUGCAUUGUCAUUGACAAGCAGGAUCAGAUCAUUGGGGCUGACACCAAGAAGAACUGUCACCUCAUGGAAAACAUCAACAAGGGCCUGCUACACAGAGGCUUCAGUGUGGUCCUUUUCAACAUGAAAAACGAGCUCUUGGUCCAGCAGAGAGCAGAUGCCAAGUACACUUUUCCAGGACAUUUNACAGACUCCUGUUCUAGUCACCCUCUGUACGUGCCUGAGGAGAUGGAAGAGAAGGAUGCCUUGGGAGUGAGGAGGGCAGCCCUGAGACGUCUGCAGGCUGAGCUGGGCAUCUCCCAGGACCAGAUUUCCAUAAAGGACAUAAUCUUCAUGACCCGAAAAUACCACAAGUGUCAGUCAGAUGCUAUCUGGGGAGACCAUGAGAUUGGCUAUCUUCUGUUGGUGAGAAAAGAUCUUACACUAAACCCAGAUACCAGGGAAGUGAGACGCUGCUACUACAUGAGCCAGAAGGACGUGCAGGAGCUACUGGACAGGGAGGCCCGAGGAGAAGAGAAGAUCACCCCAUGGUUCAGAAGCAUGGUAGAGGAUUUCCUGUUCCCUUGGUGGCCUCAUUUAGAAGAUGUGUCUCCAUUCGUGGAGCCUGACAAGAUCUAUGGACUGUGAGUUGGGAGAAGUACAGUCUACAGCAGAGGUCAGCUCCAAGGCAGGAUUUGAAUAGCUUGCACAAGGGUGAGGGGAGUUAUAGAAGUUGAGUGUUGAAAUCCUUCAGUCACCUUGCCAGCUUAAAUCCAGCCUGUGAAUUUUAACCAAUUGUUCCCUUGAUUCUUCUAGCCCUUAAAAAGUUUUCUGCUGCAGUCUACAGAAAAAUCACUUUCCUCCCUAAAAGUUCUCUGUGGUGCAUCUGUUCUUCUGUAAUCUUAUUUACAGCAGAGGCUCAGACAAGGACCACAGCUGUCAUCUCUGUUAUGCCAUCACUUGCAACUGCAGAACCCCUCCUGAGGAUGUGUGGUGCGUGAUGAUAACAAUGUACAUGAGGAAUUCAUAGCUGGUCGGUGGUGGCACACACGUUUAGUCCCAGCACUUGGGAGACAGAGGUAGAUGGAUCUCUGAGUUUGAGGCCAGCCUGGUCUACAUAGUGAGUUCCAGAACAACCUGGGCUACACAGAAAACCCUACCUCAAAAACAAAAAAUAAAUAAAUAGGUAGAUAAAUAGAUGCAUAGCUACAGUAAACUAAAAGGACACAGAAGCUUACAUUGUAACCAGGCGCAUUAACUUCACAGAAGCUGUCACCCAUUUGGUAAGCUAAGCAGCAGAGUAACAGUUGCUCUCUGUGCUCUCUGUACCCUACCUAGUAGUGACUUACAACAGAACAUACAAAAGUCUUCUGUACAAAUGUAUUGAGAAAUCAAACUUUCAUUUCCUUCAAAAUGAGUAAGGGGAGAAUACUUUUGGCAAAAUGCUAUGUCUACAUUAUAUAAACAAAUAAUGUUUAUUCCAAACUAUCUUUAAUACAUAAAUAUCAUGAAAACACUGAAUGCAAAUACUUGAGUCAUCAACUUGUUAGGCAGCCUUCUAGAACUGUGAAAAAANACCUGGGGAAUAGACUUAGAAAAGGAAGAAAGNGUGUAUNGAAAUCUCAACUGGGAUUGUGUGNCUCAAUUCUUUCAGGCCUAAGGUCAGACAGAAACCAGUGAGGCAGAAGCUGGAGCUAAGAAUGCUACCUAUCUCCCAGCAGAAAGAGGAAACAGAGAAGCAGAGAAAAGAUCAUGUUGGCAAGGAAGAAGAGAGGGGAAGAGAGAUGCACAGAGAGAUUAUAUCCUCACAGACAUAGCCCACAUAGGUGCCACCUCCUUAGAGCCAAUUAACUAUGAAUUCAAUAGAUUUACCAAUGUUGCUACAUUAGAGACCUGAUGAUCUAGUCACCUAAAUUAUGUACCAUCUCUCCUACAUCAGCAUCAACACUUGGACUUCAGGACAGUUC